AUGUUGACCAGGAACCUAUUAGCCCUUUGCUGGGAAGCCUUCACCCUCCAGCUUCCCUGGGAUAGGCAGGGCCUCCCGCAUUAUGCAAUAAUAAAAAACGCGUCUGGGUCUUUGCAGCUGUCAGUUGCUCUUUCAACUCUAGGAUCCUUCUUUGGGCCACACGUCUGGUCUGGGCCUAGGAUGAUGCUGGCCCUUGAGAUGCUAGAGUGGACUGCACUCUCUCCUUACCUGCAGACUAUGCACAGUGCCUGGGGCGGAAGGAGGAGAGGUGGUGCGGUGUGCCCUGCUGAGCCUCCCCAGCAGGAACAGUAG